AUGUUUAAGGAAUUUGUUGAAACGAAUGACAUAGAAUUAUCAUUAAUAGCAAGUGGUGUACCCAGAGCGAACGGACAAGAAGAGAGAGCAAAUAGAACUAUUAUACCUAUUUUAGCCAAAUUAAGUCCUAGUCCGGAUAGAUGGGAUCAAGUAUUAGCAGCUGAGUUUGCAGUGAAUAAUUCUGUAUGUAGGAGUACAGGUAAAACUCCCAGUGAAUUAUUAUUUGGUAUUAGACAAAAGGGAAUAAUUAAUGAUCUUGUUAAAGAAUAUUUGGACAUAGGCGAUGAUGGAUGUAGAAACAUGGAGGAAAUGAGAAAUAGUGCUGCAGAGCAAAUAGAAAAAUAUCAAGAAAAUAAUAAAAAAUAUUAUGAUAAGAAACAUAAGGCAGCUAAGUUGUAUAAAAAAGUUUCAGAAAAGAAAGUUUUGGAGGAGACAAACGGCCUCAAGAGGCUCGUGGUAUCUGCUGCAGGGUAA